AAUCUCUCACACUGCAGCUAAAGAUCUUUCACUCUGGUAGUGGCAAAUGAAAACGCCUUUUGAUUUAACUUUUACACAAUUCACACACUGUACACCAAAUAUCACCACAGGAAAUAAAAACUCUAGAGUUUUGAAGGAAAACAGGCAAAUUUGUCCUCAUCAACCCGCAUACGCUUGAUAUACUGGCUUACAGAUAACAGCAAAGAUGUCUGAAAAGAAAAGAGAUACUGAGUUAGAAUGCCCGAUUUGUCUUGACAAAUUAACAGUAUCUGACCUUUCAUACUCGACGACAACGCCAUGCCACCACUUUUACCAUACGGAUUGCAUUCUACUAUGGACAAAAAUAUCCGCUUCCACCUGCCCACAGUGUCGGACAGAGUUGUCUUCAGUAAAUGUUGUCAAUGAGUCGAAAAUAAUACCGAUAGAAAGAAAGAAGGCUGACAGACUUAUAGGAAUGAUUGAACAGCCUUCUUCCUCCACAGAUCCAUCUUCGAAUAAUCCAAACACCUCCUCAGCUGCCUCUGCAGCAGCAUCCUCAUAUGGGAGCAGUCGCCCGAGGAUCAUGACCACAGAAGGUUUGGUCAACGUUCUUGUCUCCACACCUGAAAAUGCUACUCGACGUCAAAAUCGGUCUCUCUACGAACGCAUGAUCGAAGCAACGUCAAAUCCCAUUUUCCAUUUGGAUGAUAAUGAUAUUGAUUUUGACGAUUAUAAUGAAGAUGAAUUGUACGAGAGGACUUCUUCAAACUCCCGUCGUUCUGGAUCUUUGUUCAGGCGAAGGGAGAGAAGCAUAUACACGAUGAAUGAACCAGAUACAGGUCAUAAUAAACUGUCUAACCAACAAUGCUGUAUAUGUGAUACGUCUGUUUCGAUUUCACAAAUAAUCGUUUGCCCUCAGUGUUCCGCAUUGUAUCACCUUUCUUGCUGUGAUGGCUCGAACUGUCCAUUAUGCGAAGAAUGGAUAGGCGAUGUUCAAGCCCCAUCGAUACCUUGUGCAUCAAAGAGGAGCAGGAUUAUAUCAAGGGGAGCUGAUCGCUCACUACGCUCAAGAGAUCCUAAUAGAGCUAAAAAUGAUGAUACCAGUUAUUACGUUGAACUGGUAAACGAAUUACAAAGGCGAUCCGGUAACAAUACAUUUUCUGGGACAACACAAAAUACCUUGCCAAUGUCAGCUGCUCAUUCAGAACCAGAGAAAAAGACAGAAUCUUCGACAGAAAAGGAAGCAUGGGAGGCAUUGAAUCUGAUACAACAAUCUUCCACUAAAGAGGACGCAUCAAAUGAUAAGGAAAUUCAAAUUCCACUUCCCACUGAUCCUGUACCCGACUACCCAGCAGAACGUAAGCUUAAGCGACCUAAACGUUCCAUCUCCAAAACACUACAUACCCAACCAGCAAAGCUUACAGAAUCGGCUCUUGCCCAUCUUGACUCUAAAAACGAUAAACGUCCCAGCAGAAAAUCACAUUGUUCUUUAAGUAGGCAAAAAUCGAUUGUAUCUUCUACGCAAGAGGGACUUUCAUUCACUCAAAAAUUGAUUGUUCAACGACUUUUGUUGAAGCCCAGGUUGAAAAAGGAUCUAGCAAAUAAGCUCACUUUCGAUUCUUACACAGAAUUGAAUAAACACCUAUCCCACGAACUCUAUUCCUAUGUACAACAUAAUCAACUAGCAAUCUCAAGCAUGAAUGCAGUGAUAGAGCUCGCCGAACGUGAAGGUUUUUUACCUUUCGUUAAUAGAAAAGGUGUUGAUCAAUUCAGUAAUUCUUGUAAGAAUAAUCCAAUAAUAACACGUUUCGUCAAUUGUGAGUGGCGAAAUAACGAUGAAUCAUUCACGGGACAGGUUCAAAACAUAAUCAAUUUGGAAGUACAAAAAUGGAUUAAUUUAUAAAAGUAAAUGUAUAUAAUACAAAAAAUGACAAAG